AUUUCUGUGGCCCAAAAGAAGUUAGCAAAGCCCAGCAUUGAGGUUUCUUGCUCGUGUACAAAUCGGAGAGCUCUUGAGAUUGGAAUAGGCGAUACCAAUCAGAGGAACGAGCGACGUCAAUCUUCAAAUUCGCCGCUAAGUAAGAGAGCUAUAUGUUUAUCAAUCCGCAUAAACUCCAUUGCUCUAGGUCUUAUCAGAGCUCAGAGCCUACAGUUUAAAGGUCGAUCCUCUGAGCAUAAGCUACUCAAGCUGCAAGGAGGACUACCAGUAGUCUGACUCAUUUUGAAAUUGUUAUUAGAAGCUGUGGCUACUUCAACCUCUGUGAGUUUAGCCAAAUCGGAGAACAGGCUAGAAAAGGGAACUGAUGGCAGGCAGUGGUGGAAAUCUUAGUUCCAAUCAGUCAUCUGUGUCUCAUCAAGCUCCCAAAAUCCUAUUAGCCAAACCUGGACUUGUUUCCGCCGGUAAGUUCAACCGUGGUGGACCUGACGAUGAUCCAGCAGCUCACCGCCCACGUCUUCCUUCUGUUGGAUCUCUUAAUCUUCUCUCUGACACCUGGGAUUUCCACACGGAUCGUUUUCUCCCGUUUCUAACGGAUAAUACGGACUUUACAGUAGUGGGUGUGAUUGGCCCUCCCGGGGUUGGGAAAUCGACGAUAAUGAACGAAAUUUAUGGUUUUGAUGCUAGCUUGCCUGGAACUCUUCCUCCUUUUGCCAUAGAAACAGAAGAAACAAGGGCUAUGGCGAAACAUUGUACGGUUGGCAUUGAACCACGGGUUUCAUCUGAACGGAUUAUACUGCUUGAUACACAGCCUGUUUUUAGCCCCUCGGUUUUGGCUGAAAUGAUUAGACCAGAUGGCUCAUCCACCAUACCGAUAAUAAGCGGUGAAUCUUUAUCAGCUGAGCUAGCUCAUGAACUGUUGAGCAUCCAGCUUGGUGUUCUUCUUGCAUCCAUUUGUCACAUUAUAUUGGUGGUAUCAGAUGGAGUCCAUGAUGCUAGCAUGUGGCAACUCAUGUCAACGGUUGAUUUGCUAAAGCAUGGGAUACCUGAUCCAUCAUCUUUAACCCUUUCUCAUCGUCAAAGCUCUGAGAAAGAAAACAGAGACAGAAUUCUAGAUAGUGGAGGAGAGUACAUGGCUGAUCCAGUUUUUGUGCAUACAAAGCUAUGCACUGAAGAUCUAGCACCAUGUAAUCUUGUUCAACUGAAGAAGGCACUCACACAAUUCUUUUGCUCGUCAUCCUUUGUGAGAUCUGAAAACCACAACACUGCCAAAGAGAGUCAAGUUUCUGCUGUUUCUUCCAACAUUCAAUGUGCUGGUCGAGAAUCUGAAUUUUUGAAAUUAUUUCUUAUUCCAUCCAGAAAUAAGGAUGAUCCCUUGAAGCCACAGUAUGAAAGCCACAUUUCAGCAUUAUGGAAUUUGCGGGAUCAGGUUUUGUCAAAGAGAGGUCCGUCUUUCUCAAGGACUGUGUCUGAGCGUGAUUGGGUAAAAAAUUCUGCCAAGAUAUGGGAAAUUAUUAGGAAUUCUUCCAUUAUUGUGGACUAUUGCAGAACUCUUCAAAGUUCAGGCAUGUUUAGGAGGUAAUAAUAGAUUUAAAUUUCUCUGUUUAUCAACAACAAAGGUACUGAAUUAUGAAAGAUUUUUCGCAUACUCUAUUACAAGUCCUACAUAUACUUUAAAAUUUAAAAAACA